AUGAGCAGUGAAGAGAGCGACACCAAGGCGGUGGCUCCCGCGCCGGCGCCACAAUCCUGGUGGACAACCGUCGGUGAAUACACGCUGGGAAAGGAUGCCUUUGGCGAACUCUCACAGAUGACAAAGAGACAGAUCCUGUUUCAAGUCAUGAAUGUGGCACUGGUCGUCUUCUCAGCACUGAUGAUCUGGAAAGGGCUGAUGGUCGUCACCGGCAGCGAGAGCCCAAUCGUGGUCGUGCUCAGCGGAAGCAUGGAGCCUGCUUUCACACGUGGCGAUCUGCUGUUUCUCACCAACGACAAGUCAGACCCCAUCCGCGUCGGUGAAAUCCUCGUCUUUAAGGUCCGAGGGCGAGACAUACCCAUUGUACAUCGCGUGCUGAAACUGCAUGAAGAUCACAACGGCAACUUGAAGUUCUUGACCAAGGGAGACAACAACCGGGUGGACGACAGGGGCCUCUACGCACAGGACCAGUUGUGGCUUCACCCCGACGAUGUUGUUGGCAGAGCGAGAGCGUUCAUUCCAUAUGUUGGCAUUGUCACGAUCCUCAUGAACGACUUCCCUUUCCUCAAGUUUGUGCUGUUGGGAGUACUUGGCCUUUACAUGUUGCUGAACAGAGAAUAG